CUUAACUAAGCGUCUAUAUAUUCGAUUUUUUAACCACCGUAUUCUUGGGUGAUAAUCUGUCGUUUACCAAGAUGGCCGAACUACAGGGCACGCCGGUUACUCAGGACGCACUGUCCGUGGCCCAACUUGAACUUGGAGGAAAUCCCAAUGCCUUGGCGCUGCGUAGGCCAUUCGACCCCGUCGCACAUGAUCUUGACGGUACUUUCCGCCUGACACGUUUUGCUGAUUUGAAAGGAUGAGGGUGUAAAGUCCCUCAAGAGGUUCUCGGUAAACUUCUUGAGGGACUACAGGCGGACGAUAAUAACGUCCAAGAUCAUGAGCAUGCCCAUUUUAUGCAUAUGGCUAUUCCGCGCAUUGGUAUUGGCAUGGAUUCCUCCGUUACGCCGUUGAGACAUGGUGGUUUGAGCCUUGUACAGACAACAGACUUUUUUUAUCCUUUAGUAGAUGAUCCUUACAUGAUGGGCAAAAUUGCGUGCGCCAACGUGAUCAGUGAUCUGUACGCUAUGGGUGUCACGGAGUGCGACAAUAUGCUGAUGCUUUUGGGAGUCAGCACCAAGAUGACUGAGAAAGAAAGAGACGUCGUUGUUCCACUCAUAAUGAGAGGCUUCAAGGACUCUGCUCUUGAAGCAGGGACGACUGUUACUGGUGGUCAAACUGUCGUUAAUCCAUGGUGUACUAUUGGAGGUGUUGCCUCUACAGUUUGCCAACCCAACGAAUACAUCGUGCCGGACAACGCGGUUGUUGGGGAUGUCUUGGUGCUAACAAAGCCGCUCGGAACCCAGGUUGCGGUCAACGCUCACCAGUGGCUGGAUCAGCCCGAUCGUUGGAAUAGGAUCAAACUAGUAGUCAGCGAAGACGACGUGAGAAAGGCAUAUCAGCGCGCAAUGGACAGCAUGGCUAGACUGAACAGAAUAGCUGCCCGACUCAUGCAUAAAUACAAUGCACAUGGGGCAACAGACGUCACAGGCUUUGGCCUCUUGGGUCAUGCUCAAAAUCUGGCCAAGCAUCAGAAGAAUGAAGUUUCGUUCGUUAUACACAAUCUUCCGGUUAUCGCUAAAAUGGCAGCAGUUGCUAAAGCAUGUGGUAACAUGUUCCAGUUGCUUCAAGGCCACUCCGCAGAGACCAGUGGCGGAUUGCUCAUCUGUCUUCCACGAGAACAGGCUGCUGCAUAUUGUAAGGACAUUGAAAAACAAGAGGGUUAUCAAGCAUGGAUCAUCGGGAUCGUUGAGAAAGGUAAUCGUACAGCAAGGAUAAUCGACAAACCGCGAGUCAUCGAAGUACCCGCGAAGGAAAAAGACGGUGAACUCUGGUAGAGGGGUGAUCAUAUGGAGAUUAUAUUAUACGAGUUGGUAUCACGGAUCCAAGGUGGUCAGAUCUUGCAGUGUUGAUGGCUGUUGGCUAACAAUUAUUGUAAGAUCGCCACGAAUAUUGAUCGGAUUAUCGAAUAGACGAGCACCACUUUGUGUCACCCAAGUUCUUGGGGAGCUUGAUAAUAUCGAAUAUACAUAAAUAUAUAUAUAUAUAUAUAUUUAUGUAUGUAUAUUAUAUACACAUAUAUAUACAUGCAUAAAUAUAUAUAUAUGUGUGUGUGUGUUUUUUUUAUCUUAUACAACAAAUGCUCGUACAACAACACAUGUAUAAGAUGAAAACGAAGGAGCAAAGGAAAACAACACCAGUAAAACAAGUUAAUGAAGAGAUAUCAUCAGCUAUUAUAUAUAUAUAUAUAUAUUAUACAUAUAUAAAAAAAACAUAAUUACUAUAAAAAAAUAAAACGACGGUUUGCUUUUAUACAAGACGAAACUGUGGUUUUUUUUUCAUUUGUGAUCAAAUUUCAACGUUGAGUGCAUCCGGAAAUGAGAGCUUUCAUCUAACAUUAAGAUUAUAAUAAUUUUCAAUUACAUGCAACAAACGGAAAAAGGAAGUGAGGGAAAAAAUAAAUAUUCAAUUCAACGGUUACGUGUAAUUAUGUUUACUUAUUACUGAUUUUGGCAAUUUUUUUCCAAGUUCCUGGGUCUUUGCUUUCUUUUCUCAAUAUUUCCUAGUUGUUAACCAUUAGGGGCGUAGCUAUUAUGCAUAUGCUUAGAGAAACAACGGAAAGAUUAACUCUAUUGUAAUGAAACCGAAAUUUAUCUGUAAAGUUGACGACCAAACAAUGAGGUCGAGUUAACUAAUUUCCUAUAGAUAAUAAUGAUAAAUGAAAGAGAGAGGAAUCAAAGCCAAAACUGAUGACUAGCCAGGCAAGCUUGGCUCACCGAAGUGUUUUCUCGUUGAAACAGAUCUCAAAAAUCGUAAUUCGAAUGUUUAUUACACCCGGAUUACCGCAAUUACCGAAUCCGGGUGAGUUAUAAGUUGCAUAUCGCGAUUGACUCAAUCGCUCUAGUUUUCGUAAAGUAUUUUUCCUUCGUUAUUCAUAUUAAAUAAUGUAAUACCGUGCUUUUCUGCAGACUGAAUUAUUCGUAUCCUA